AUGUCAGUCCAAACGCUGAUGCUAGCUGCUCUCCUUUCACUGUCGAUAUUGGCGACAGCUGCGGACCCGUUGACGACACCUGCGGACCCGUUGGCGACACCUGCGGACCCGUUGGCGAUACCUGCGAACUCGUUGGCGACACCUGCGGACCCGUUGGCGACAGCUGCGGACCCGUUGGGGACAGCUGCGGACCCGUUAGCGACAGCUGCGGCCGCGGCAAAAACGGCGGGAAUCAUAGGGGAGCUGAAGGCGCUGCGGCAGAAAUUGAUGCUAAAUCCCCGUUUGAGAUACCUCGUCAUGAGUCAAGUUCUUUCUCAGCUGAUUACUCAAGGAAAAGCCCUCCCCACCGCCAUGGACUUGACCCUUUUCAUUCACACCACCAUCUUAAUACCCACCGACGCCGCGCUUCUGUCGAGUGGCCUCCUCCCGAAUCUUAAAAACCCGGGAGCCUCGCUCAAUCUCUUUAAGAGCCUCUCCUUCAACAUCAUCAAGGGCAAGAAGCGGUUCGCCAAGCUGAAGGCUUUACCUGAAGGGAAGUCGGUUGCGCUUCUGCUGAACAAUGGAAAGUUGUUUCGGCACACACUCUGUGCACCCCGCAAUCUAUUAUCCUUUGCCUCACCUGCUUCCCCCCUCCCUCCUCCCUGCUUCCCCCCUCACUCCUCCCUGCUUCCCCCCUCCCUCCUCCCUGCUUCCCCCCUCCCUCCGCCCUGCUUCCCCCCUCCCUUCUCCUUGCUUCCCCCCUCCCUCCUCCCUGCUUCCCCCCUCCUUCCUCCCUGCUUCCCCCAUCCCUCCUCCCUGCCUCCUCCCUCCCACCGCCCUGCUUCCCCCCUCCCUAUGCCCUGCUUCCCCCUCCCUAUUCCCUGUUUCACCCCUCCCUCCGCCCUGCUCCCCCCCUCCCUUCGCCCUGUUUCCCCCCUCCCUAUGCCCUGCUUCCCCCUCCCUUCGCCCUGUUUCCCCCCUCCCUCCGCCCUGCUCCCCCCCUCCCUUCGCCCUGUUUCCCCCCUCCCUCCGCCCUGUUUCCCCCCUCCCUCCGCCCUGCUCCCCCCCUCCAUUCGCCCUGCUUCCCCCUCCCUCUGCCCUGCUUCCCCCCACCUCCGCCCUGCAUACCCCCAGCCUCAUAGAGAGGAGGGACGGACGCGAAACAAGGGGCCAACUCAGCAGUUGCUUUUAGCAUCUGGUGAUGCUGACGAUGCCAACCAGGAUACUGCCUGCUUCUCACCACAAUGGGUACGGAUGGGUAGGUUCUGCUGGUUGAGACGUCUCAAAAGGCGCCGCACAGCACUCUGUGGCGUGGAAGGUGGAUACAGAGGGCUAGAGACAUGGGUGGAGGGACAGACGGGGGGAGGGACAGAGGGGGGAAGGGACAGAAGCGGAGGGACAGAGGGGGGGGGGCAGAGGGGAGGAACAGAGGGGGAUGCACAAAGGGAGAUGGUCAGGAGGGGAGGGAGAGAUGGGGAGGGAUAG